AUGCCCCCAAAGCGGUACAUUGUGGCCGUGCUUGCCUUCCUUGGCUUCUGCAAUGUCUACAUGCUUCGUGUGAACCUGAGCAUUGCCAUUGUUGCCAUGACCAACAAUCACACCAUCAGUCUCCCUGAUAACUCUGUAGCCAUUGUGCAAGACUUUGAUUGGGACUCAAAGAUGCGAGGCAUUAUCCUGAGCUCGUUCUUCUAUGGAUACAUUAUGACACAGAUCCCUGGGGGUUACCUAUCUGCACGGCUUGGUGGACGGCUGCUUUUUGGACUAGGGAUCUUCAUGACAGGGCUGUUCACACUCCUUACACCCCUUGUUGCUCGGAUCAGUGUCGGCCUCCUCAUCACCAUCCGCAUCCUUGAGGGACUCUUUGAGGGGGUGACAUACCCAUCAAUCCAUGCAGUGUGGUCUCACUGGGCUCCCCCUGCCGAGCGGAGCAAGCUUGUCACCAUUGCAUUCUCCGGAUCUUACAUUGGCACUGUGAUUGCCAUGCCCCUCUCAGGUCUCAUUGCUGAUCACGCUGGCUGGCCUGUCAUCUUCUACUUCUUCGGUAUUGUGGCAAUUGUGUGGAGCCUGUUGUGGUGGUUGGUGGUUAGAGACAGCCCAUUCACUGAUCCCUCAGUGACCCCUGAGGAACUCCAGCUCUAUGAUGAACAGGAGCAGUAUAUUGAGGCAAAGGUGGAGACACCAUGGAGGCAGAUCCUGACAUCCUUGCCUGUCUGGGCAAUCAUUGUGGCCCACUUCAGUGAGAACUGGGGCUUCUAUACACUCCUCACCCAACUCCCUUCCUUCAUGAAUGGUAAAAAAUCUCUUCCGCUUUCACAAGGAGGUACCUGUUUUGCUUGGAAAAUCCAUAUUAUCAUAACACUUGCAGAUGUUUUGGGCUUCAACCUGGACCAGGCAGGAUUCCUGUCAGCCUUGCCAUAUUUGGUGAUGGCAAUAGUGGUGCAGAGUGGAGGACACAUUGCUGAUGCCCUGCGCUCCCAUGCCCACCCCAAAUUCUCAUUUUCAACCACAAAGGUUCGUAAGAUUAUGACCUGCACAGCGUUCUUGUCCCAGACUGUGUUCAUGCUGCUGGCUGCAUACAUCAUGACCCCGACAGCAGCCGUCACAUUUCUCACCAUCUCUGUUGGACUUGGUGGCUUUGCCUGGUCUGGCUUCAGUGUGAAUCACCUGGAUGUAGCCCCCCAGUUUGCAAGUAUCCUGAUGGGACUGAGCAACUGUUUCGCCACAGUUCCAGGAAUCGUGAGCCCCACCCUCACUGGCAUCAUCGUCCCUGACAAGAGCGCAGGGGAGUGGCAGAUGGUCUUCAUCAUUGCAGCUGGGAUCUACCUGUGUGGUGCCCUGUUCUAUGGGAUGUUUGCAUCAGGGGAGAAGCAGAAGUGGGCUGAGCUUUACGAGGAUGCUGGAUUCACACUCACUCAAGGUGAACACAACCAUGGAUACGAUGCCACUGCCACUGUCACUCCUCCACCCCUUGAUUGAGCCUCCUGUUCCCAUGAUGGAGAAAUUAUUGGCUCAGUUCAUAGGGUAAAUUGGCCUUUCAUUGGCCACAUUGCUUGUUAACUAAAAAUAAUGAUUUUCCUUUUUUUGCAAAUAGAAAGUUUUUUUUUGUUAAGGUAGAGUCUACAUCAACUUAGCAGUUCAGUUUCCUUAGUGUAGCAUUUGAAAAUUGUAUUGCUCAUUUUGACUGUGGAUCAUUUAUCAAUCAUCACCCCACAGGCUGUCAGUAUAGUAACAUUGUUUGUGAAAGCCUUUGUUUCUUAUGGAUUGAGAGCCAUUGUAUCAUACCCUUAUUCAUUUUUUAAUGGAUACUUGACCCACCAAUUGUGGACUGGUCAUCAGUAGGGUUCCACCUUGAACUGAUGCCAGUAUCAAUGUUAUCAGACUAGUUCCAUAUCAUUUCAUCAGUUACCUGCUUUUGAUCUCAUCCUUCAGGAUUUUCUGAAACAUUUCUCUGUUUUUGUAAUCUCUCAUAUCAGGUUCUCCCAGCCUUAGUGGUCUUAAUGGAAGAAAAUGUGCAGAAAAUGUUGUCAGUUGACUUUUAUGUUAAUUUCCAAAUUGGCUCCCUUGCCUCAGUGUUCCAUUGUUUUGUCAAUUGAUCUCGGGACUGACGUGAUGUUUCAAUUUAUUGAACUAUGUUUUUCUCCAAACUUCUUAUUGCAUUCUGGC